AUGGACUCCGUGAAAUUUUCAUAUUGCAACAAGAAGACAAUGCUUAGCAUCGAGCGAUGGCCACGGGCGGACCUGAGGCCGCCGGUCGCGCGUUUUUGUGGGCGCUCGCCGAUGCAAAGCGCCCGCUCGCAUUGCGCCCGCUUGGUUAAUGGAGAACGGAACGCAUACCGAAUCUGUUCUUGCGUGGCGACCGCGUACACUGCGGACUUUGGGGGCGCUGAA